GAGAGUAAGAUGGCGGCCGAUGAAGUAAACUUACGAAACUGUGCUCCGUUAAAAUAUAUUUGUGCGUUUGUUGGCUAUUGAAUAUUGUCAGUUGAUAGCUCGAAUUCACGGUCACAUGAUAUCGGUGGUGAAUCAUUCGUAACUGACGCGUGUCCCUCGUAAAAUCACGACAGAAACUUUUUCCAAGUCACGGGCGUACAAUGUCAGUAACUGCCUCGAAGCCAUGCCACGAGGAAGAGAAUUCGAAGUUGACAGAGGAGGACGAUUGGAAAAUACAGCUCGCGUUUUGCAAGCCGCGGCACACGGCGACGAUCGAGGGCGUCAACUGUAUCACACAGACAUGGAGAAUGAAAGAACGGAUGAAAACCGUGAGCGUGGCUCUAGUUUUGUGUUUAAACGUCGGCGUCGAUCCGCCGGACAUUGUCAAGACGCAACCAUGCGCUCGCCUCGAGUGUUGGAUAGAUCCUUUAUCGGUAAGCCCACAAAAAGCUUUGGAAACUAUAGGUUCCAAUUUACAGAAACAGUACGAACGAUGGCAGCCAAGAGCUCGUUACAAACAGAGUUUAGAUCCUACUGUAGAGGAAGUAAAAAAGUUAUGCACUUCUUUGAGACGUAACGCGAAAGAAGAAAGAGUAUUGUUCCAUUAUAACGGUCAUGGUGUUCCUAAACCUACUAGUAACGGUGAAAUAUGGGUAUUUAAUAGGACGUACACGCAAUACAUUCCUUUGUCUGUAUAUGACUUACAGACAUGGAUGGGAGCUCCUAGUAUCUACGUAUACGAUUGCUCUAACGCAGGUAUUAUUGUAGAGUCUUUUCAGCAGUUUGCAGAACAACAUGAGAAGGAAUACGAGAUGGAAAAACAGGCGGUGCAACAGAAUCGUGCCACUGGGGUCACUACAUUCGGAAGCACCACUGUACCAUCGUACAAAAAUUGUAUUCAAUUAGCAGCAUGCGCAGCUAAUCAGAUUUUACCUAUGAAUCCAGAUCUACCUGCUGAUAUAUUUACCUCGUGUCUUACAACUCCGAUAAAGAUCGCAUUGCGAUGGUUUGUGAUGCAAAAUACGUCGAAGUUGGUACCGAAAAUAUCAUUAGAUUUAAUCGACAAAAUUCCAGGACAAUUAACCGAUAGAAGAACAAUGUUAGGAGAACUUAAUUGGAUAUUUACAGCAAUUACCGACACGAUAGCAUGGAACACUUUGCCAAGAGAUUUAUUCCAGAGAUUAUUCAGACAAGAUUUAUUAGUUGCUAGUUUGUUUCGAAACUUUUUACUCGCUGAAAGGAUACUUCGAUCGUACGAUUGCACUCCAGUUUCUUGUCCAAAGUUACCACCAACUUUUCAGCAUCCUAUGUGGCAAGCAUGGGACUUGGCACUUGAUCUCUGUUUAGCACAAUUACCGUCUAUUCUAGAAAACGAAGAUCAGUUUGUGCACUCACCUUUCUUCGAAGAACAACUGACAGCCUUCCAAGUAUGGCUCACUCUGGGUUCGAAGAAUCGUAACCCUCCGGAACAACUGCCAAUAGUACUUCAAGUCCUGUUAAGUCAAGUACAUAGACUAAGGGCGUUAGAAUUAUUAGGGCGUUUUCUUGAUCUCGGCCCGUGGGCGGUAAACCUGGCUCUUAGCGUAGGCAUAUUUCCAUACGUUCUGAAAUUACUUCAGAGCAACGCCAGGGAAUUACGUCCCCUGCUUGUUUUUAUCUGGGCGAAAAUUCUUGCGGUUGACAGUACAUGUCAAGGAGAUCUCGUACGAGACGGAGGGCACAAGUAUUUUUUAUCUGUCCUUCAAGAUACUUCUGUCCCGAGCGAAUACAGAACGUUAGCGGCAUUUGUAUUGGCCAGUAUCGUGAACGAUUACCGGCAAGGUCAGGUGGCUGCUAAUCACGGUAGCCUUGUUUCGAUUUGUCUGGAACAACUUGGGGAUUCGAACUCGUUGUUACGUCAAUGGCUGUGCUUAUGUCUUGCGAGGCUUUGGCAUAAUUAUGACAAAGCGAGGUGGUGUGGCGUUCGAGAUAUCGCACACGAGAAACUGUUUACGUUAUUAAGGGAUUCAGUUCCUGAGGUUCGAGCAGCUAGUGUUUACGCUUUGGGCACAUUCGUAAAUAGUGUUACAACACGAAGCGAACAUGCAAAUAAUAUCGAUCAGAUCAUCGCUAUAACGCUGAUUAAUACUGUAUCUCACGACAUGUGCCCUUUAGUUAGAAAAGAAUUAGUAGUAGCGCUUCAAUGGAUGGUUUUACACUUCGAGAAUUCCUUUGUAACUUUAGCUUUGGCCGAAGAAAAUAGCCGUAAAGACCUUGUCGUCGAAACAUUCUCGCCGUUUAGUGGAAUGAGACGCAUUAGUUCCAGGGAUAGAUUAAAAAUGCUCUCUCCUAAUAACACGUACAGCGUAGACAGUACGGAUGGAUUUGGAGGGGAUCGUAUUAAGAGAGUGUCGUCUUCAUCGUCUAUUAGUAGUUUAGGAAAUAAUUGGGAGUUCGUGAGGAAACCUUGCGAGUCACUUGGACACAGUUCGCUGGGAAAUUUACCAAGUCUUUCCUAUGGUAGUGUUUACAUGAAACUAUGGCAUGGGCUGUGCAACCUUGACAAUGAUCCUCAUCCUGCGGUUGCUGCUAUGUCUCAAAAAGUGACUAAUCACAUUCGAAACCAAGUGAAAGAAUCUGCCAUACCGAAAGAAGGAAUUGAAAUGAAAACAUCGUCGUUGUCUCUUCCACCGUCUCCGUCGAAUCGCACAACUUACUUAAGCAAUAGCAAAGGGGAAUCACCGCCCACAGUAAAUUCUGGAACAGAUCUCUUGCGUUCCUCGAGACUACCGUCACACACCACUCGAUCAAGGAAACCAAUUCCUAAUACGAUAUCAGAGGAAGCUGACGAAGUAGCUGGAAUCAAAACACCACUAACAACUUCACAGUUCGUCGAAUGGAGUUGCGCUCAGUUUGCUCAACCUGUCAGUGUAGAAAUUGAAACUGAAUCAAUGAAUGACAUGGAAAGCAGAGCUCAUUACGAAAGAGAGUGGAGGUAUCUAAGAAACAAAAGACAUAGACGCGAAGCAAAAGAAGAACAACUACGAGCAGUACAAAGUAGAGUAGAGUCACAAAUAUUCCAUGCAAGAUGUCCCCAUUCCCCGGAGGUCUUAACGUUUCAUCCCUUUGAACCUCAUUUGGCUGUGGCAUUGAAAGAUUUCGUUGGAGUGUGGGAUUUUCAGACUGGUACAAAGUUAACUUAUUGCCCAAGUCGCGGGAACAAGGCAUCGCGCGUUACAGCUCUCGAGUUUAUCAACGCCCACGAUGUUACUUUGUUGAUGACUGGAUCUGACGAUGGCUCGGUUAGAAUUUGGAAAAAUUAUAGCAGCACGCUAAGCCGUGAUCCAAUUUUACUUACCGCUUGGCAAGCACUGGCUGACAUACAACCAGCGACGAAGACCACGACCGCAACAGCUGGUUUAGUUACCAAGUGGGAACAGAAAUCGCUUACUCUAGCUGUGACGGGUGACGUUCGCAUUGUUAGGCUCUGGGACGCAGAGACUGAAUUAAAGAAACAAGACAUACCUACAGGUGCUGAUUGCUGUGCUACGUGCAUUGAUGUUGAUGGUGUAGGUGCAAUGAUGGCAGUGGGCUGCGGUGACGGUUCCGUUCGUUUAUUCGAUCGAAGAUUACCUCCAUUAGAGUCAAGAGUUAUGAUCUGGAGAGAGCACACAGCAUGGGUGUUGGAGACAUCUUUGAGAAAAUCUGAGAGAUCGGCGCCACAACUGUUCACUGGGUCAUCGUCAGGGGACAUUAGAAUAUUUGAUCUUAGGAAAAAUUCGUCUGUAAGCACUGUACAGAUAACGCAAGGUAUUACAGCAUUGGCAGCGCAUGAAGUGGCUGAUAUUUUUGCUUGUGGGUCGACGAAUCACUGUAUAAGUAUAUAUAACACAACGGGUCAUCAUUUAAAUACAAUAAAAUUCCAUGAAGGAUUUAUGGCUACACGUAUCAGUCCAGUAAGUUGUUUAAGCUUUCACCCUUAUCGUGUAGUUCUAGCAGCUGGAUGUGUGGACAACACUAUCACAGCGUAUGCGUCCGAAUCACGCAGAUGACUAACAGAGAUGGAAUUGUUGUAAAAUUAUUUUCAUAAAUACUUACACAUCCACGG